AUGUCGAUGACAUUUAUACGUAGAAAUAAUGAUGUUGCGAUCGAGAUGAAAAACUACUCGACUCAGGAUGAAAAACUGUUCAAAGUUAGCACGUUGGAUCGCGCGGUUCAUGGAAUUAAUAAUAAUAAUACUUUGAGAACAUUGAGAAUUAAUUCUGACAGUUUUCAGUGGAAACUCAAUUCGGAUAUUGUGAUGGAAGCGGUUGCUUGA